AUUCAAUGUAAAAAAAUGCAAGAAACGCAGCAGUCUGUCGGAAAAAAUGUUGUGGCGAAAGAAAAUGGCCGAUGUCAUCAACAACAUGUGAAGGGGUAUAAUAAUAUUUCGUUUAGAAGAGAAAAGAUGGCGACUGCGAAAGGAGCAAACACGUACAACCGACAAAACUGGGAAGAAUCGGAGUUUCCAAUACUGUGUCAGACAUGUUUGGGAGACAACCCUUAUUUAAGAAUGAUGAAAGAAAAAUAUGGGAAGGAAUGCAAGAUUUGUGCCCGACCGUUUACCGUGUUCCGUUGGUGCCCAGGAGCCAGGAUGAGGUUUAAGAAAACAGAAGUAUGCCAGACCUGUUCCAAGAUAAAGAAUGUUUGUCAGACUUGUUUACUGGAUCUGGAGUAUGGUUUACCUGUUCAGGUGCGAGAUGCUGCGCUGAAAGUACAGGACAAUAUGCCAAAAUCAGAUGUCAACAAAGAAUAUUACCAACAAAAUAUGGAAAGGGAGAUGGCAAUAAAUGAUGGAGUGAACCCAGCAGGUGCUCUGGGCAAGGCAAUGGCUCCAAGUGAUAUGUUGCUGAAAUUGGCAAGGACCACACCAUACUACAAAAGAAAUAGGCCACAUAUAUGCUCCUUCUGGGUGAAGGGAGAAUGUAAAAGAGGAGAGGAGUGCCCAUACAGACAUGAGAAACCAACAGAUCCUGAUGAUCCACUGGCAGACCAGAACAUAAAGGACAGAUUCUAUGGGUUAAAUGAUCCAGUCGCAGACAAACUAAUGAACAGAUAUUCUUCCAUGCCCAAACUAGAACCACCGGAAGACAAAAGCAUCUCCACAUUGUAUGUGGGUGGUCUGGGGGACAAGGUUGGAGAAAAAGAGCUGAAAGACUAUUUCUACCAGUAUGGAGAAAUCCGAUCAAUCAAUGUAGUAGCAAAACAGCAAUGUGCAUUUGUACAGUUCACAUUACGGUCAUCAGCUGAGGCAGCAUCAGAAAAGUCUUUCAAUAAACUCAUUAUAAAUGGGCGGAGACUGAAUAUUAAGUGGGGAAAAUCUCAAGGUCAGCAAGGUCAAGAAAAAGAGGAGGAAAAGGAUGAAGAAAAGAAUCUUGAACCAGUCCCUGGUCUGCCUGGAGCUUUACCACACCCGCCAGAAGAGUUGGCUAACAAUUUCUUCAAUUUAAGUGGAGCACCACCAAUGCACCCAAUGCAGAUGAGACACCCAAUGCCACCCAGAGGACCUCCUCAUAUGAUGCCAAUGUUUAUCAGAGGCCCUCCACCACCUGGUGUGAGACUUCCACCCCCUCCCCCUGGUAUGAUGCCAUUGAGGCCCCCACCAGGGGUCAUGCCCCGGGGUCAAGUUCCUCAGAUGCAUUACCCCUCACAGGACCCCAACAGGAUGGGAGCCACAUCACAACAAAAUGGAUAGGAAUAACUGACCACAUACAUAAAUAAAAAUGUGUUCAGCGUCAGCUUUAAAGCAGAUUGAACUGAUGUCCAUGCUUUACAUACAUGUUAAUAAGGAAUUAAAAUGUCAGAGUGACCAUCAGUGCAGGGAAAUAUUGGCAUUUGUGACAGUAUAACAGCUGUUUGCAUAUUGAUCUGAAGAUCAUAAAUAUAUUUGGAAUACAUGGAAAAGUUCUUUUUGAUCUGACAGGCUUGCGACAAAGUUGGGGAAAAAAAGCACUGAGAAAGAUGCUUUGUUUAUAACACAAUGCUGUUAAGAGAGCUUGUGCAUUUCUUAUAAUAAUCAAUAAUAAGAUCAGGAAGAUGAAAUGUACAUAAAUUUCGAUACAGACUAAACCUGAAAAUUCAUGAAACUAUUAAACUAAGUGAGAGAUGAGAAAGUUAUCAAAAAUUAUUGUAAGAAAGAAUGUAUACAGUGAAUGAUCCUGACUUGUACGUAUACUGUAAAUAUUGUUUUAAUGAUUUUAUUCUUCAAAAAGUUAUACAAAAUGUUGUAUGUAAGUUUUUCUGGUAAUUAAAGGAAGAUUAUGAAAUGAACAUUUGAAAAUAGAGACAUAUCAAUUAAAUGAUAGCUGUUCAUAUUUAUUGUGCAGUUGACAUGAUGAGUAACUCUGCUAAGUUUAAAACCAUUUUCUGCAAAUUCAUUCCCUCAAGUAAUUUCAGAUUUAAACAUCAUUGUAUUGUCAUGAUACAGAUAGGCAUUUAAGAUUUAAACCCUGUUUCACAUUAUCAAUUUAAGACCCAAAAUGCCUUUGUCAAAUAUGAAAUGCACAUGUAAAACUAAGAAAGUAGAUUGCAUUAACAUCAGAAAGUAUAUUUGACUUUACUAUUUGUAUUACUUCCCUUGAAUUGGUCAGGUAUUGUAAAGUGUAUGGAAAUGCUGUCUUCACUGUGAUAAUGAAACCUGUGUAUAUUGAUUAGACUCUUAUCUCAUUGGUACUUCACAUUGUAAGUGCUUUAUAAAGGCAGCUUGAAUAAACAUGACAAAAUUUAA